AUGGGAAACUUACGGAUGAGCUUGGAUAUGGCCCGUGACAGCUUAGGACAUCUGAGCUCUUCUCCAGUAAGCCCCUGGGACAGCAUAAGGUACCAAACUAAUGACAAGACUUUCAAGGAGCUCGUCGGUUUCUGGAUCAACAACCUGUCCAUGCGAGUCCCAAACUCAGUGGUGCUUCCCGUGGGAACCCACGUGGACUGCUGCCGGGAGGAGGAGGUGGAGGAGAAGAGAUGUGACAUCAUGGCCAAGAUCACAGCCAUGCUGAUGGAGAGAAAAAGCAACCUCGCUCACUUCAUCGACAAUCUGGAGGGCAGUGAGGAGCCCGAGUUUUACGUGGACCAGUGGGAGAGGCUGAAGGAGAUGGAGAGCUGCACAUUAACAAUCUUAAACUUAGUUGCUGUCAACUGCACAGAUCACCACGAUAUCAAAAAGCUCGAGGCCACUAUUUUGGAGCAUGUGAAGAACGAGGAGCUCUUCCCUGAGGUCGUCCGAGUGCUGCCACCCGUCUAUAGGCAGGUGGAAGCUGCCAUUGUAGAUAUCGCACAGGGCGAGGAGUUGGCAGACCAUGGCAUGAUGGACCUCCAGUAUCUGCUCAGCAAACUCUCCCAGUGCGAGCACCUGGCUAACCUGGGCAGAGAGCUUCUCCAGGACAUCUUGCGGUACCUCCACCGCGUCGGGCUUGUCGUGUGGUACGAGGAAAUCAAGCACCUGGAAAGCACUGUUUUUCUCCAGCCUACCUUCCUAAUAACUAUGUUCAAGCUCCUUGUGAGGUACCGCCUAGUCCAGCAGCUCGAGAGCAUCUCUGUGGACACGCUGAUUGGGGAACAUGCUACCAUCAGAGACAGGUCCAACUGGGUGUGGACUUUCAAGUCAAAGGCAAUGCUGUGCCACCGGGCUGUGCGUGCCUUGGUGAAGCACCAGCUCUGUUCAGAAGGGAUGCGGGACGUCUUUGAGGAAAUCAUGGGACAUAGGCCCCCCAGCAGGAGAGGGAAGCUCUUCAGCCUCCUGGAGCACUUUGAGCUCUGCCUGGAGGUGAGGCAUGCCAAAGCACUCAACCCACAGGCCAGUGAGUUUGUGCCCGGGAAGCCAUGGGAGACAACGCGGGGGCAAGGCGAGUCCUGGUACUUGUUCCCAACCUAUCUGAACCAGACCGAAGAGGUCUCUGAGGUGUGGGGAGGAGAUCACCCUGAGGACCUCCACAUCCGUGCCUACUUCUCACCCGAAAUACCUGAGGGUUUCUUCCAGAGGUUCCUGGUGAAAGCUUGUUCCUUCUACUCCACACACUGGGUGGCCAAGGCAACCUGCCUGCUCAUAUCCAAUGGCAAACCUCUGCUGAUCAAAGAGAAUAACCAGAGAGCCUACAGCUACCUGGAGCUCCGAUGCAGAAAGCCGGCAGGAAGGACAGGUUUCCAGUUUGCCUGGGACUUCCUCAUGGCGGUUGUCUUCACCAUCCAGAAGCUCGCUGAGGAGUGGCCGGGGCUGCACAUGUGCAUGAAGACACCCUGCCGAACGGCUGGUUGUCCUGCGGAGCUCAUCUGGCCAGACAUGGAUGGCACAAAUGCCAUGACGAAGGAAGACAUUAAAACCUGUGGGACGUGUGGGCACCGCUUUGGUGCAGAGCUGCUCCUGCCCAAAGUGCCCAGGCAGCUGGAGGAGCCCCCGGCGCAGCCCUCUGCUCACUAUUACGUGACAAGCUACGGGACCACCACCUUUGGGCCCAGCAGCAUCCACAUCAAUCGGCAGAACAUCUCAAGUGAGUAA